CCGGUUGGUGGCGGGGAAGCGCGAAAGGUGGCGGUGUGCGUGCGUGCCGGCAGCGCUCAUGCGCGUGGUGCGAGGGUUGCUCGGUUCGCUCGCGCUCCCUGUCUCUCCUUCUCGCACUGUCGGUGAGCGUCAUGGCGGAAGGCGGCGUCCCGGACCUGGAGAGCCAGAAGAAUGAGAUUGGGAACUUGUUGAAAACGUCGCUCAAGAAAGGAGAUUCGUGGUUCCUAAUAGACAGUAGGUGGUUUAAACAAUGGAAGAAAUAUGUGGGUUUUGACAACUGGGAUAUGUACAACGUGGGAGAACGUGGAAUGUUUCCAGGCCCCAUUGAUAAUUCUGGGCUUUUUGCAGAAGUAGAAUCACAGGUCCUGAAAGAACACUUAAUCGAUGAGUUGGAUUAUGUCUUGGUUCCCAUUGAAGCUUGGAACAAGUUGGUCAAUUGGUAUGCAUGUGUUGUGGGUCAGGAACCCAUUGUACGAAAGGUGGUUGAGCAUGGAAUGUUUGUAAAGCACUGUAAAGUAGAGGUUUACCUCCUAGAAUUGAAAUUAUGUGAGAACAACAACAUGGACAAUGUGGUGACGCGCCAUUUCAGCAAAGCAGACACCAUAGAUACGAUAGAAAAGGAGAUGCGAAAACUGUUCAAUAUUUCAGUUGGAAAGGAGACGAGAUUGUGGAAUAGAUACAUGACAAAUACUUACGAACAGCUUAACAAGCCAGAUAGCACUGUACAAGAUGCUGGUCUGUAUCAGGGGCAGGUUUUAGUAAUAGAACAGAAGAAUGAUGAUGGAACAUGGCCAAGACAAACAUCUCAAACAAAAUCCAGCACUGCCACCAGCAGAAAUUUAUCUACCUCUCCAAAAUCCUCGACUAGCUGCAACUCCUACUCGUCCUUGUCCUCCCCUUCUACAGUCUCUAAUGGUGAGAGCAGCAACUCCAGCUACAUAUUAAACAGCUCCAGCUCCACCAGGGGACCGGGUGGGUAUGGAUCUUCAUACAACAGUUCUUAUAAUUAUAGGGAAUCUCAUGCACCAAGCCAAGCAGGUCUUUGUGGCCUAAGUAACCUUGGUAAUACAUGCUUCAUGAACUCAGCAUUGCAGUGUUUGAGUAAUACUGGUCCAUUGACUGAUUACUUCCUGCAAGGAAAGUAUGAAGAAGAGCUAAAUCGGGAGAACCCUUUGGGAAUGAGGGGAGAAAUUGCUGAAGCCUAUGCUGAGUUGAUCAAACAGAUGUGGUCAGGGAGAAGCUCAUAUGUGGCGCCAAGGAUGUUCAAAACACAGGUUGGGUGUUUUGCUCCGCAGUUUUCAGGAUACCAGCAACAGGAUUCUCAAGAGCUGCUUGCAUUUCUUUUAGAUGGUUUACAUGAAGAUUUAAAUCGCGUGAAGAAAAAACCCUACUUAGAACUUAAAGAUGCCAAUGGUAGGGAAGACGAGGUAGUGGCUAAAGAAGCAUGGGAAAACCACAGGUUAAGAAACAACUCCAUCAUUGUGGACAUCUUCCAUGGGCUUUUUAAAUCCACCCUAGUUUGUCCUGAAUGUUCAAAAAUUUCUGUGACAUUUGAUCCUUUCUGUUACUUAACUCUUCCGUUACCUAUGAAGAAGGACCGCACGAUGGAAAUCUUUCUUGUGCGGGCAGACUCGUCUAGGCCUACCCAGUAUAGAAUAGUUGUUCCAAAGAUGGGUGCAAUUUCUGACCUGUGUACAGCCCUUUCUCAAAUCUCAGGAGUUGCUGCAGAAAAGAUGGUUGUCGCUGAUGUUUAUAAUCACCGGUUCCACAAAACCUACCGACAAGAUGAAGCCUUGAACCACAUUAUGGACAGGGAUGAUAUUUUUGUUUAUGAGGUCCCAGGUGUUAGAGAGGAAGACUCUGAAAGUUCAAAAUGCAUCAAUCUACCAGUUUACUUCCGUGAGAAAAUGAUGCGAUCUUCAAAUACACCUGCUGGCACUAUUCUAUUUGGUCAACCUCUAUUGAUCUCUGUUCCCAGUGAUAAUGUUACAGCGGAUAGCCUGUACGAAUUGGUCCUUGCACGAAUUUCCCGUUACGUGAAACUGUGCAAGGAAAUGUAUGAAAGUCAUAGUUCUGGAAGUCAGAGCACAGACAAUGGUUUGUCUGGUGAGCUAAAUGGUAUUAAUGAUGAAGUUGAGGAGGAGAUGGAUCUUCAAAAUGUAGUGGGAGAUAAUGAGGAAAAUAGUUCUGAACCUGAAAUCAGCCAGUCUGACGGUUCUGCAGCUGAUGAGAAUGAUAAGAUGGAAAAUGGACCCACCAAGCACACUGCCAAAGAGAAUAAACAGAACUGUAAAAAGAAACUCUUCAGCUUCAGUCUGGUGAAUGCCUAUGGCACUUCAGAUUUCAGCUCUAUUACAGAAGAUGGGGCGUUUCUCAAGUUAAACUCACAUUCCACAGUUGCUAUAGACUGGGAUGCUGAGAUCAAAAAGACGUAUUAUGUUGAUCAAGAAGCUGAGGCAUAUGAAAAACAUGAAAGUAUGUCACAGCCUCAGAAGAAGAGAAGCUCAGUUGCAUUGAGAGAGUGUAUAGACUUGUUUACAACAAUGGAAACCUUGGGAGAGCAUGAUCUUUGGUACUGCCCCACUUGUAAAAAGCACCAGCAAGCCACUAAGAAGUUUGACUUGUGGUCACUACCAAAGAUCCUCGUGGUACAUCUGAAGCGUUUCUCAUAUAAUAGAUAUUGGAGAGAUAAACUUGACACUUUAGUGGAGUUUCCUAUAAGGGAUUUGAACAUGUCUGAGUUUGUCUACAACCCCAAAGCCGGCCCUUGCAUCUAUGACCUUGUUGCAGUAACUAAUCACUAUGGAGGAAUGGGAGGAGGCCAUUAUACUGCAUAUGCUAAAAAUAAAAUUGAUGGACAAUGGUAUUACUUUGAUGACAGUAGUGUAUCAGGAGCGUCAGAAGAUCAGAUUGUAACAAAAGCAGCUUAUGUUCUUUUCUACCAACGUAGAGACCCCAAUAGCCAUUACAACAGUUCAUCUGCUUCCUUGAGCACUCCUGCUGCAGAGAAUGGUGAGAAUAGAAAAAAUGAAGACGACAAAAUGGAUACCAACUAAGAUCAAAGUGCAUGAUUUGCCAACAAGAAAUUAGAUCAACUGUUUUUGGACUAUGCUGCUCUAUAUCAUCAGCACCAGCUGCCUUCAGGGUAGGGGACAAGAACCCUCUUGAUAACAGCAACUUUUUUAAAAACAAAAUUGGUCAGAUCUGGAUGACUGGGUGAAGAAAAAUAACAGUUGCUUAACCUUUGUUCAGUCAUGCUCUGUUUCAGAAUCUACUGACUUCUGAUGACAAUUAAUGAAUGUCACUGUACUGUAAAAUAAACUGCUUUGGAAAUUU